CUUAUUAUUACUUCAAAGAACCCACGACCUAAAUCUUUGGACGCAGCCUACGGUUUGUCUCGCCUGGAUCUCGUUCGACCUCACACCAAGAGAUGCACCCCAUCUUGGGGCGCAUUGCCAUUGGCUUUGUGCUAUUUCUUAUCAUUUUCCCUAUCUUAACAAGCCAAAUUUACAUCGUAUGGCCAUGGUAUGGGCGUGAGCUGUCCGUGGAGCUCAUAACUCUUCUCUUGCCAUUCAAUAUUCUUGCUGUAAUGCUGCUCUGGAACUACUUCCUAUGCAUAUUCACUGAUCCUGGGGAGGUUCCGGAUGGUUGGAAACCGGACACGCAAUCAGGCGAAGGGUACGAGGUUAAAAGGUUGACAGGUUGCCCUCGCUUUUGUCGUACUUGCGAAAAGUUCAAGCCUCCAAGGUCCCAUCAUUGUCGACAAUGCAACCGUUGCGUGUUGAGAAUGGACCACCAUUGUCCUUGGACGAAUAACUGCAUCGGUCACUUUAAUUAUGGACACUUUGUUCGUUUUCUCUUCUAUGUGGAUGUCACCUGCUCGUAUCACCUGGCUAUGGUCUCAUACAGAGUCGUGGCCGCAUCUGGGAGACGGUACUAUGACGAGCCAACGGGUGCUGAACUUAUCUUCAUCAUAUUGAACUAUGUUUUCGUCGUCCCCGUGAUCAUGGUAGUUGGAGCCUUCAGUAUUUAUCACUUCCAUAGUCUGUUGGGCAAUACCACGACUAUCGAAGGCUGGGAGAAAGACAAAGCUGCAAUGCUACGACGACACGGCAAAAUUGAAGAGGUCAAGUUCCCAUAUAAUCUCGGCGUUAAGCGUAAUAUUGCCUCGAUUCUCGGAAACAAUCCGCUCUUGUGGUGUUGGCCAACCGUCCCUCCUGGAACUGGGCUUAAAUACCAGCUUUCAGUUGCCGAUGAACAUCAUAAUUGGCCUCCUCGAGAUCCCACUUUGACCAACCAGCCACCCUUCAAGCUCCCUGACAGUCCAUGGACAUACGAAAACGGGGAUGUUAAUCCCAAUCUACGUCCUUCAAAUGGUCGACUACGUGGUGUCAAUGGCAACCGGCAUAAAUCCACGGAAGAUUCUGUAUCUGCUUUACCACCGUACCACCCAGAUUACGAGGAUCCUGGAGAUAGUAUCCAUCCUGAACGACCGUAUUCUCCUGACAGUGAUUCAGAUUAUUCAGAAGAGGGAUACUCCGGAGCUGUCAGGGUGCGUCGGGGCUCGGAGGGGUACGAGGUGCGCCCCGUAAAUCGGGAGCAGAUGUUUCAAGAAUACGUGCAGGACCAGAUUAAUGAGGCUGGUCGAUACCAAGUGUAUGAACCUGAGCACACUCUAGAGAGCGACGAAGAUUUUGAGGAGGAUGAAUUCGAGGAAGAUGUCGAUGAGCUGUCUGGAGAGGUUGGGGAUGCUGGCACAAUCUCGGACGAUGAUGUUCCUCUCGCAUUACGGUGAUCGUUAUUGGACUUCUGUUAAUAAGAGACUCAUUGGAAACGGAC